AUGGGUACACGCAGACCCUAUGCACUGGUGGACACCACGCCGGCCAAGACCAUCUUGGUGUACCGCAACGGGGACCAGUUCUACGUGGGCCACAAAUUCGUGUUCUCGCGGCGCCGUGUAGCUAAUUUCGAGGCUCUGCUGGAGCAACUGACCGAGCAGGUGGAUGUGCCCUUCGGUGUAAGGAGGCUUUACACGCCCACCCGCGGCCACCCGGUGCUUGGACUGGAUGCGUUGCAGACCGGUGGCAAGUAUGUGGCUGCAGGCCGUGAACGCUUCAAAAAGCUGGACUAUAUUCAUAUAGUUCCCAGAAAACCUUCAAAGAUGAGAAAGUUGAAGGAAAUCAAGCCGGUGGUACAUUGUGAUAUCAAUGUGCCUUCCAGGUGGCAAACACAGAGCAGGACAUCCCGACACAUAAAUGUUUUCACAAAUGGAAGAUUAUUUAUACCACCUAUAAAAAUUAUUAUACCCAAGUUCAGUCUGUCAGAUUGGAAUAGCGUGCUGGCCAUGAUAGGAGAAAAAGUCUUCCCUCUAGGAGGCGUUCGAAAGUUGUUUACGAUGGAUGGACAUCUUUUGAACAACUCAAAGGAUUUGCAAGACAAUUAUUUUUAUGUUGCUGCCGGAUUGGAGACUUUCAAAUCCAUUCCUUACUGGAAGUCCCCACGGGUCCCCAGUGAGAUCCAGCAGCGGUUUGGGGGCAAUGAUAAGUACACACAAACAAAGAAAAAAGUGGAGCCCAAAGGAAAAGAACCUCUUAAAAAUGACAGUGUACCACCUAAAAGUCAGGAUUCUGUUUAUUAUGCCAAAGAGAAAAAGGACAUGGCCACGGGAACUUUAGUUCAAAGUGGUGCAGAAGGUGACAUAUAUAAAGCACAGAGUCCCGCUAAGGAGGUCCAAGAAGCGCUGGAAGUCAGGGAGGACCCAGAGGUGAAGGUGGAGAUGCCAGUUGAUCAGGUACCAGCUGAAAUUGUAAAAGAAAUCGAUGAGCUAAGUGAUAGCAAGUAUGGCGUGGAAAGCAACAUGCAUCUUUCAAGAACCUCCGCAAGAAUAAAGAGGUGGUUCCGACUCCUGAAAAAGAACAACAUGACAUUCUAGAAGAAAAACCCAUACCUGCACUGCCAGAAACCCAAGUAAAAGCAGAAGUUCAAAGAGAGCCAUCAAUGGGACAAAAAUCACUAGAAGAGUCAUCAUCAACACAAGACCAAAGGCAUGAGGAACAAGAACCCUCUAUAAAGUCAUCUUUGGGAGCACCAUCCCCAGAACAAAGACCUGAGCAAAAAGAAUUCCAUGUGCAAUCAACCUUGGGACCAAUACUUCUAGAGCAACAACUUGAACAAGAGAAACCUGUACAGUCAUCCUUGGGUCCACCAUCCCCAGAGCAACAACUUGAACAACAAGAGAUACCUUUACAGUCAUCACUGGGUCCACCAUCCCCAAAGCAACAACUUGAAAAACAAGAGAUAUAUGUACAAUCAUCUUUGGAACCACCAUUACCAGAGCAACAAUUUAGACAAGAGAUAUAUGUUCAAUCAUUCUUGCAACCACCAUCCCCAGAGCAACAACUUGAACAACUAGAGGUAUAUGUACAGCCAUCCCUGGGACCACUAUCCCCAGAGCAACAACUUGAACAAAAAGGGGUAUCUGGGCAGUCAUCCUUGGGGCCACCAUCCCCAGAGCAACAACAUGAACAACAAGAGGCAUCUGGGCAGUCAUCCUUGGGAUCACCAUCCCCAGAGCAACAACUUGAUCAAGAGAUACCUGUAUAGCCAUCCUUGGGUCCAACAUACCCAGAUCAACAACUUGAACAAGAGUCCUCUAAAGAGUCAUCCUUGGGACCAGUUUUAGAACAAUGACCUGAGCAAUGAGAAUCUCCUAAACAGUCAUCUUUGGGACCACCAUUCCAAGAAUAUCCACCCAAACAAUGAGAAUCCCAUUGUCAGUCAUCCUUGAGAUAAUAAUCUCAUAAACAGAUGACUCUGGGACAAUACAUGAGAUAAAUAAUAUGAUAACAAAAUAUCAGCCAUGUUGUGAAGAGUAGCUGUCAAGAACUGGACAGGACCACAAGCAAAUGAAAAUAAAAUUAGACAAUUUAUUUUCAUACUAUGCUGAGGUAUGCCAGUAGGGUAUUACAGUUGUCAACCUCAUAUUUUGAUGGCCAUACUUAAAAUUUAAAAGAUGAAUAAGAUUAAAUUCACAUGGAAUCUCUUUCUCUUUUUCAUGAUUGUAAAGGUAGAAGGGGAGGGUAUGUGUUUAAACUCAGUGUAUAUGGCUGCCUGGAGCGGGCAUUUCCAUUUUAGCAACAUCAGUCCACAUGUCAUUUCUCGUAAUAUUCACUAGAUUAAGACUAGAUCAUGUAAUACACAGAUGUCCAUAGUUAAUUCUCCCUAUGUAAAGCAUCUCCCAGUUAUACACUUGCAUUUAUAUAUACA